UCUUCCAUCCUGGUAGACACAGACAAAGAUUUGAGCUUUUGUCUUAAGAGCGAGCGAGCUAGUCCAAAAAAUUCACAAGAACACUAGAUUUUUCCUAAACGAGAAAGGAGACAAGGUAGCUGAUCGAGAUGAGCAGUAGUGAUCACGAGCAGGCGGCCAUGGAGCAGGAUGGCGCCGGCCGUGGCGAUCAGGUGCCAUCGCCGGCGUCGUUGAGCGCAAAGAAGCUGUGGCGCAUGGUGCGCGCUGUGCACCUCGUCCUUGUCAGGGGCCUCGGCAAGCACCAGCCCAAGCUCGCCGCGCUCGGCGUCAACCUGCACCACAUGCUGUCGUCGUCCAAGCGCCACAACCAACACCUCGGGGCGGCGACAGGGGAUCAGAGCCCGGCCCUGACGACCUACCUGUCCGCGGCGCUCUCCUGCCGGUCCAUGGACCCGGCCGCCGCGGUGCACCCGUACCCGCGGCGCGGCGGGCACGGCGGCGGUGCCUCCUCGAUGUCGUGCCGGUCCAUGGACCCCGGCGCCGCCGUGUACCAGCAGUACCAGUACCGCCCCCGCGAGGUCGAGUUCAGCUUCAAAAGCACGCCGCUGCACAGGCGGCGCCGCCGCACGCAGCGGCACCGGGAUCAGGGCCUCCUGCAAAAGCAGCAGCUCGAGGACCUUCCGGAGUACGGCUCUGCCGCCAAGGUGAAGACGCUGUUCGAACUGAUGGACGGCGACGAUGACGUGGACGACGGCGGCGACAUGGAGAGCGCGAUACCGUGGGCAGCAUCGGCGCCGGUCGGCCGGCCGCCGCCGCGACAGGUUCGGAUCACUGAUUCGCCGUUCCUGGCGAGGGAGGACGACGAGGUCGGGAGCAUGGGCGUGGUCGACCGGCGCGCCGACGAGUUCAUCCUGUGGUUCCACGACCAGCUGCGCAUCCAACAACACCAACAGCAACAACAAGGCCCCUCCUCGAGGGAUCGCACCACGUACUGUUUUAGGUAGAUCGGAGAGCAGACCGAGUACACUCCAUGCAUGCAUGUAUUAUUUCAUAAGUUCUUAAUGUACAUGUGAGUUGGAUUUUGGAUUUUGGAUUGUUGGUUUUUGUUUUUUCGUUUUGGAACAAACUUGUUUGCCUCCUUGCUUAUAUUUUCCCUUCUGUCCAUUUGGGUUUGAUCGAUGCUGAGAUGAUUAAUAUUGGUUGAACUUUGGGGUCGA